AGUGCAUAAAACCGGGCGUUUCGCUUCAAGCUACACAGUAUAGCGUACCUGUACGGGUAUAUGUCAUUCGAUUUUCGGGAUUUUCGUUUUGCCUUGAACCUGAUCUUGAAAAGACCACAUCAUGCCGUUGGUUGUUAUUAGCACAAAUAUCAAGAGAUCCUCUAUACCAGAGGGUUUUCUAAAAGGAUUUUCCAAGGUUUACUCCGAGGCUGUGAACAGAGAAGAAAGGAUGAUCAACUGUAGCCUGUAUGCUGGCGUAGAGAUGAUACGGAACGGAACCGAUGAGCCAGCUUGCGUCAUCACGAUACGUCACACAAUACCUCAGGACACCGACGGACGGCGAGAAACGACCAGAAGGCUGCUAGAGUAUGCGCAGACUCAGUUGAAGCUCACUGAUGAAAAUAUGAAAAGAUUCAGCGUUGUCUUCCUGACACCGAAACGAGACGAAAUAGGAACAUGUUCAGGAAUGUUAUGCGACAGAGAUUGAUAACAGAUCAUCGCAGAUAGGAUUACAUAUAGCGUAUUUUGGCAUCCACUUCGCAAAUGCUUUCUGUAAAGUACAGAAUCCAUUGAAAAUGCCCGUCAAAUCGCAAUGGACAGAUUACACUGCAAAACUCUGGUGUUGAUUUAACACCAGCCCGGAAUCUAUAUAUGUCUACACCAGAGAAGUGUUAAACAACACCAGUUUCGUGUUGGUCUAACACCAGAUAGGUGUUUAUACAACACCAAUUAGUAUCAAAACAGCAUCGGUUUGAUUCCAAACUGGUGUUGUUUCAAUACUUCUCUGGUGUGGACAUAUAUAGAUUCCGGGCUGGUGUUAAAUCAACACCGGAGUUUUUGCAGUGUAGAGGUCAUUGUCGAAAGUUGCUUGACCGGGACCACUGAUCUUAAUAUUGUCUGAAUAUUAUAUAAUAUUCAGAUCAGUGACCAGGACAGCACAUCGUCUUAAGAUUCGCACCGGACAAGACUUUGCAAAUAUGUCAUCUGUCCAGAGUCCAGGACGACACUGCUGUUUUGAUUCACAGAUUUUCGACAAAAGCUGUUUUGAUAUGAAGGGUGUUUGGACAAAAGAUUCUCUGCGUCAUAGAAAGCGUCUGCGAAGUGAAUGCUAAAACACCCUAUUAACAGCAUAUCUUGGCAAACGUUUAUAGGGGAAGGGGAGGGGGCUUUAUAGUUAGUGGAGUAUCUUUGUUGAUUUCUUAAGUUCAUCAUAAGAGAAGCAAAUGAUUUCAUUUUAGGUGAUGACGAUUAUAAUUUGCAAAGGAAUGUCUCACUGUCCCCAGUUUCACAAGAAGAUGAACAAUGCGAAUAUUAAUACGAAUCCCUAUACUACAAUUCAAAAGAAAAUAGUUUGCAUCAUGAUUUUGAGGUAAAGCACUAAUCUCAUCGGGAAGCCGAGUACAAAUUUUAUUCUAGAUGGGCUUAUGAAAUUCCUUCAUUGGAAGAUUACUUCUUAUGCUAUCACGUCUUGCCAAAGAUGUGAAAUAAAAUCACUUUUUUAUAAAAAUAUUUCGUGUUAGAACUGUUGGGUCCUUUAGAAGAAUUGUGUCAACUGAUUUUUAGAACAACUUGCUAAAAAUGAACGGUUCGGUAUAGGCCUACUGCUCAUUACCUACACUAUAAAUCAUUUACGGAUAAAAAAAAACCGGUUUUCAAUAAAGAAGUCAAAACAUGG